AUUCCUGUUUGUAGUUCCAAACAACUGUUCAUUUAGUGAACCCUAGUAAACAUUUGACUGAAUUCGCUCUUGUGAAAUUCUACUUCCAAACAAUCGGCGAAUUCGUUUAAUGUAUUCGAAGUACUAUUUGCGUAACAUAAAAGUAAUAUUUUGAGCACAAUAUGAAUGGAUUAAAAUUGGCCAGGGCUCUCUCCGUUUUAAGAGCCGCUUUACCUAAACAACGGUAUCGUUUAAUGGGCCAAAAAGCCGCCGCUAGAGGCACAGCUGCACCGGCAGAGGGAGAAGUAAAUAAUCAGCCCAUUAACUAUUUUGGCAGCGAUGCUGCAUUAUGGCGUGCCAAAGAUACACGCAGUGGAGGAUCUGACGAACAUUUAUGGUAUCAACCCUAUGUCAUUUCGGGAAGUUUGGCCAUUUUUCUGUUGUAUUUUUGCGUUUUGCGCGAGGAAAGUGAUAUUGAUUUAAAAUUAGAAGGUAGCCUUUAUGAGCACGUGCAGGGCUUGGAAGAAGUUCAACUGUCUAUGAACUAUAAAUACAAUAAGGAAAACGGUUUGGAUAAUACUGAAGUUGUGAAGAGAUUAACGGAAUUGGGUAUUGAUGUCAAGCUAUUAGAUGGUAAAUAAUUAUGGAUUAAGUCGAAAAUGCAAUUAUAAUAAACUUUUGUUAAGAUUUCUCAUUGUUAACUAAAA